UUCAUGUAUUCUGCCAUUGAACACUCGUCUUUUAUUUCUGAACCAUGCAAAAGUAAACAGGCACGCAUGUAUAAAUUUAACCAAGUUGAUCAUGUUUUGAACAGUCUUUCCCUCUUUCCGAGAGUCCACUUUCUUCCUCUCGAGAGUCGAGCCUGUCUACCCGAUUGUGGAAGUUCAAACUUUCAAAACUUUCAAAACUUCAUACCUUGAUUUUCCAAACUUCUGCCCGCCACAAACCAUUAUGCCAUGAAUCUAGAGAUAAAAUUAAGGAAGCUCUAAUGUGUUGGAUCUUGUGGUCAGUAACCAGCUUACCUUCAGACACAUUUAUGACUUUGGAGUAAGAGGAUCUUUUGGCUCCUUAAGAGGAUUGAACCAGAAGCUCACUGGUGAACCAGAACUUCAACUUUUACCACUCGUCUUUGUCAGCGCUUGUGACAGUUUUCUUCUAGUUAAUAAUCGUGUGUGGUAUCCUGGAGUAUUCCUGUGGAGCACCAUGGCGGAGGAACUAGCAGAUAUUAUGCAGAAAUUUGUAUUAUCUGAAAAGGAGUUAGGAGGGACUGCUCUGGAUCUGGAUGAUGUAGAUAAAGGUAUUAAAGAGUGUCAGCAUAGUUUGGUGGGGAAGAUAGUAGGAGAGAAAAUAGUCAACUUUGUUGGAGUGAAAAACUUUGCUAACCUGGCAUGGGGUUACCCCAGAGGGAUGGUAGUCAUGGUGCUGGGACCAAACAUGUUCCAAUUUAUUAUCCCCUCAACAGAUGAUAGAGAGAGGAUUCUAGAUGGAGGACCAUGGAUAUUUGAUAGCCGAGUUCUAGUGAUGGAGGAGUGGUACGAAGGUGUGGAGGAGGACGAAAGAGCCUUUAGGACGGCCCCCCUAUGGGUACAGGCAUGGAACUUACCAGUGCACUGGAUCUCUAAAGAAGUUGGGUGGAAAAUAGGAUCCAUUUUUCAGGAAGUAAAAGAGGUUAUAGUCCCUCAGGUGGGAGGGAAAGAAGGAAGACAUCUGAAACUGUUGGUCCUAGUAGAUAUAACAUCACCUUUACUCAGAGGUACCACAGUUAAGCUGAAAGGAGCAUUGAAAUGGAUAAGUUUCAAGUAUGAAAGAUGUCCGGACUUCUGCUACAGAUGUGGAAUAAUAGGGCAUAGUGAGAGGAACUGUAAGGUUCCCAUUACAGUGGAGAAAAGUUUAUCUGAUAAUCAAUAUGGACCUUGGCUCAGAGCAAAUUGGGGGAAAGGAUCACCACGGAAGGGGCAGAAUGCAGGUAGAGGUAGGCAGGAUAAAGUUGUAUGGGGGUUUAAGGAUGGGGAGUUGGUGCCAAAUAAAACACCUGAGCCAAUCCAAGGAAAAGGACAGGAAAAAACAGGUGCUGGAAAGGCUGAAGCAUCAAGUAGAAAUUGGAGGCAGACAAGAAAGGAAAAUGAUGGUAAUAGUUUUAUGAACUCCCAAACCCCAGCAAGUGAAAACCUCAACAUGUACAAACUGAACAUUGGAGGAGUUAAGGAAAAUCAGGCUCGAGUACAGGAAAAGAUACACUCUAGUAACUCUGUGGAGCAGACUGAAAUAGAGGAACAGGGAACGAACAGCCAGCAGACUUGUGCUGGCAAGGGAGUGGAUGACACUGGAGCAACAGAUGAGAUAAUGGAGAUUGAGGGAACAAACCAAGAGAAAAAGCAAGAUGCUGUACAGAAAAUGGACAAGAGGAUUAAAAGGCAACUAAAAUCACCUGUCAUCAAGAGAUUACCUCAUCAGUGCCAAUGAUGGAAGGAAAAGAGAGUGGAAAUGGUGAAGGCAACUCGUUUAAGAAAACUUCUUCAAUGUUUUGACGACGGAGCAUAUUGUACUUCUGAUGGACAAUGUGCGGGAUGUGAGGCGGGCUAUCAUUGUGGUUUCAUUGGUCGACGCAUCCCCAAGGCAAUGUUCAAUGUGUUUGUGGAUAGCACGAAAAAGGUCUCCAAUGGAUAUAUUCCUGUGUACCAAUAUCAUACUUAUCUGCGGUAUUGUUUGAGCGUUUGUUGCAUCAAUUCCAGGAAGACAAUCAGCUGUCUUUGCAACCAAUCAAUCUUCGAUGCUCAACUCAGAUGUUCGAAGCAAUACUGGAUCUUGUGAAAGCUGAGAAAAAACGACCUUGAUAUAUGAUUUCUUUAAGCUUCUUAAAUUUCAAACCUGAUCAGUUCGACGGAGUAUCAAAAGAAAGAUUCAAGACCAAGAAAGCGAGCAAGAAGUUGCAGAAGAAGGCGUAUGUGCGAAGUUGUUCCUUUUUGAAGAGCAAUCUUCAAGAGUUUGAGCCUUAUAUCCAAACAAAUCAGUGAAGAAAAUGCAGAUAUUCUGCCGUGGUUUAACCCUCCAAAUUUAAUGGAGGGGUUUUCCACGUAAAAAUGUGUUUAA